UACAAUCAAAAAACAAAAAUGGCUUCCACCACCAUCAAAGACAAGACGCUUUCUGGCUUCGGAAACCUCAUAAAGCUUCUCCCCACCGGUACCGUCUUCGUCUUCCAAUUCCUCAACCCCGUCGUCACCAGCUCCGGCCACUGCAACACGGUCAACAAAUACCUCUCUUCCAUCCUCAUCUCCCUCUGCGGCGUCUCCUGCUUCUUCUCCUGCUUCACCGACAGCUAUGAAGACGACGACGGAACCACCCAUUACGGAUUCGCCACCGCCAAGGGCUUCUGGCCAUCUCCGGCGCCUUCUUCCGCCGUGGAUGUUUCACAGUACAAGCUUCGCGUCGGAGACUUUGUGCAUGCAGUUUUCACGGUGGUGGUUUUCGCGGCGGUGGCGUUGUUGGAUGAUAAUACGGUGGAGUGUUUGUAUCCGGCGUUUGAGACUAACGAGAAGAUGUUGAUGAUGGUGGUGCCGCCGGUGAUCGGAGCUAUUUCUGGGUCGGUUUUUAUGGUGUUUCCGACGACUCGACAUGGGAUCGGGUACCCAUCUACGAGGCCGGCGAAGGCGAGCAAGUGACGUAAGCAUGAUGCGUAAUAUAUGAAAAUGGUGACGUAAGCGUUGGUUUUUCGAACGACUGCAUUGCUCAAGGAAGCAUGCAAAGUUGUAUUUUUUAUUUAUAUUUUGUAAGGUUGUGGUUUGUGUGUGUUUUUAAACUGAUUAUCUGAUGCCGAAAUAUG